AUGAAUGGAAGGGUACAGGGGCUUCUAUGUCUCAGCGAUGGGCUUCGGGCAGGGACUGUUUGCCUUCCCUUCAUGUUCUUUCUCAGUCUCAGUGAUGGAACGGUAUCUCACUCUCUCUCUACUUGCAAUUACAGAGACGAUGUGUGGGAUUUGAGCACGCGAUGGGGCUUAAAAAAAAGUCCACUGCUAAACUUCAGAACGGUGAGGAAGAUUGUGAAUUUGGAUGAUCACAUUGCAUUGGCCUGUGCUGGGCUCAAAGUUGAUGCUCGUGCCUUGAUAAACAAGGUGAGAAUUGAAUGUCAAAGCCACCAACUUACGGUUGAGGAUCCAGUAACUGUUGAGUAUAUUACUCGCUACAUUGCUGGUCUUCAACAGAAGUAUACACAAAGUGGUGGUGUUAGACCGUUUGGGCUUUCAACUUUGAUUAUUGGCUUUGACCCAUACACAGGUGCACCGAAACUAUAUCAGACAGAUCCUUUUGGGACAUUUUCAGCCUGGAAAGCAAAUGCCACUGGAAGAAACUCUAACUCAUUACGUGAGUUUCUUGAGAAAAACUACAAGGAGACAGCUGGGCGAGAAACCGUCAAGCUCGCCAUUCGUGUUUUGCUUGAGGUAAGUAAUAGCAGACGCAUAUUUAAUCUAGGGAAUCAACAACGAAGAGAAAGUACAUCUGAGGCAAAAACUGGUAUCCCAUUUAAGAGAAGAAAACUAUCAGGUAAAGAAGAGAAAUGGAAUUUCAAAGGUGGUCUGAACACUAUUAUACACAUACCAAUUGAUGUUGGUUACAUAGAAUUAUUGGAGAAGUUGUAUUUGAAGCUGAAAGUGGAUAAGUCAUUGUUUGACUUAAAGUUGGAAGUGUCGUUUACAUGCAAUGAUUUUAUCAUAGAUCCCAUUGAAAUCACAGAUGAUGAUUGA